CAUAGAAAAAGUUAUUUGUGGUGUGCAACCCCAAACACCAUAAGAAAAGCCAUAUCUACUAUCUAGCAACCCCAAACACAAACCCAGAUCCAGAGAGAGGGAGAAAAAAAAAAUGGAUUCAAUCUUAAAUUACCUAAAGACGACCGAAAUAACCGGAAUCCUUUGUCUAAUAAUCUUACUCUAUAUACUUCUCCGACCCUUCAAAAAUGGUGGUAACCUCAAAGGACCUCCCAUGGCAGCUGGUGCAUGGCCUAUAGUGGGUCACCUUCCAUUGUUGCGCGGUUCACAGCCACUUCACAAAACUUUAGGCGCCAUGGCUGACAAAUACGGACCCCUUUUCACCAUCAAGCUCGGCGCCACAGAGACCAUAGUAGUCAGCAACUGGGAAAUGGCCAAAGAGUGCUUCACCACAAACGACAUGACCGUUUCGUCUCGUCCCAAGACCAUUGCAAUGGAGAACCUUACCUACAACUUCGCCGCUUUUGGUUUAGGACCGUACGGUCCAUACUGGCGAGAGCUUCGCAAGAUCACAACCUUAGAGCUUCUCUCGAAUCGCCGAAUAGAGCUUCUAGGCGAUGUUCGCGUCUCUGAAGUUCAAGCCUCUGUUAAUGAGCUCUAUAGUCUUUGGUCCAGAAAGAAAAACAAUGACGGUUACGUGUUAGUGGAGAUGAAAGAAUGGUUUUCACGACUGACCUUCAACACGGCUCUUAGAAUGAUUGCCGGAAAGAGAUACUUUGGUGGUGCUACCGCAGAUGCUGUGCCGGCGGCUGGCGGCGAGGAAAAGGCGAAAAAGUGUUUAAAAUUAAUCGAUGAUUUUAUGCAUCUUUUGGGAUUAUUUACUGUGGGAGAUGCUAUUCCUUCGUUGAGGUGGAUGGAUUUUGGAGGCCAUGAGAAAGCCAUGAAAAAAACUGCUAAGGAAUUAGACAGUGUUUUGAGUGAAUGGUUGGAGGAGCAUAAAAUAAAUUUCGGGAAAAAAGCUUCCAGUGAACGAGAUUUCAUGGAUGUUAUGAUCUCUAUUCUCGGAGAAUCAAAGAUUCAUGGGUUUGAUGCUGAUACCAUAAUUAAAGCCACAUCAAUGUCAAUGAUUGCUGGAGGAACUGAUACAACUAGUGUUACUCUUACAUGGGCACUAUGUUUAUUAUUAAGAAAUCCUCGUACAUUGAAAAAAGUAAAAGAAGAACUUGAUAGCCAAAUCGGAAGCGAGAGAUGCAUAACAGAAUCAGAUCUAAACAAAUUAGUGUAUCUUCAAGCUAUAGUGAAGGAGACACUAAGAUUGUAUCCAGCAGGUCCUCUUGGAGCACCUCGGGAAUUCAUAGAGAAUUGCACUUUAGGUGGAUUUCAUGUCAAAAAAGGAUCUCGAUUAGUUGCGAAUAUUUGGAAAAUUCAAAGUGAUCCAAGUAUUUGGUCAGAUCCCUUGGAAUUCAAACCAGAGAGGUUUCUCACAACUCACAAAGACAUUGAUGUUAAGGGUCAGCAUUUCGAGCUUUUGCCAUUUGGAAGUGGUAGAAGGAUUUGUCCUGGAAUCUCAUUUGCCCUUCAAAUGGUUCACUUUGCUUUGGCUAGGUUCUUGCACUCGUUUGAAAUUUUACAACCUUCUCCUGAUGAACCAAUUGAUAUGACUGGCAUCCUCGGAUUAUCCUAUGCCAAAACUACUCCAAUUGAGAUUUUGAUCAAGCCAUGUUUGGCUCUUGCUUGUUAUGAAACCAUGUAAGAUUUAGUAGUAUUGUCAUCUUGUUAAAUUAUAUAUAUGUCCGUGUUCGUGUAGUACAAGUAUAUGAGGCUAUGAAGUGUAAUGCAGAAGAUUUGAUUUGGAAUUAAUGCCAGACAAAGAUCUGAUAUCUGGUAUUAAAUCUAUGGCUUAAAUUUGGAAAUUACACUUUGUGAAGUUGGAUAUUGAUCUAUUGAAAUAUCUUAGUGUGGUUAUGGAUUAAAU